AUGUCUGCAGAAUCAUCUAUUCAAAAUACGAAUACAUCUGUGUCAAGUUUAUCAACUUCAACAAAUGACACUAGUCCAACAGCACCUGCAAUAUUUACUAAAUUAUUUCUCAAAGAAAUCAAUAAUCAAGAUAUAAAUGGGCUUUUAACUGUACAGCGCACUAUGUUAGAACAACUCGAUAAAACGAAUGAAAAACUUGAUGGUAUUAAUAAAUUGUCAGCAAAACGGUAUGCCGAUGCCUCAAAAGAUUAUUCAAGUCAUAUACAAUUACUGACAACGAUGAAAACAGACCUUGAUCUUAUAUUCAAACGAAUCAAAGUGCUGAAAACACGGCUAAGCAAGAAAUAUCCUGAAGCCUUUUCUUCAGUGGUCGAUAUUAAUUUAACUCAACAAAAUUCAUUGGAAAGUGCGGGCGAAGAAGAAGAAGACGGCAUUGAGUCAACUACAGACGCAAUAUCGGAUAAUAAUAACAAUUUUCGAUCUUCUCAUACAAUGAAUAAUCAACAACAACAACAGCAGCAACAACAGCAACAACAUGCACGAAACAAUUCACCAAAACCGUUUAGUGCCAUGCGGCGUUUUGUGAUGAAUAGUUCACCACAAGCUGUUGCUAAUGAUUUUAAUACAUUUCUACAAACAUUUCGUGAUCCAAAAGUGUUGGAUUGUCAGCAUACUUUUUGCGCGGAUUGUUUGAUCAAUUAUCAACGAACAAAUGCACGAUUAUUUUCAUCAUCAAAUCAAAUUCAAUGCCCUCAAUGUCGUCAACCAUCAAAUUUGAUUAAUAAUAAUGUUGAUACACUACCAAGUAAUUUUAUUGUUCGUGAUAUUAUUGAACGCCGAUUUGGUGCCAAUUAUGCACCUCCAAAUCGUCCACCAGGUUAUUCGGAACAAAUUCGUGAUCGUAUACAACAAAUCCGAAAGGAUGAUGACAAUGGAUUCGAUUUCGAAAAGUAUUUGAAACCUGCUGGUGCUGCUCUAUUAGGUGUAUUGGGUGGUCUCGUCUUAGCGAAAGUAGCCAAAAAAAUCCGUCAAUCUGAUUCAGAAAACAAUGAUUAA